CUGUUGAUCAACCUUAUGAUGGAUCUGUCUUCGAAUCUCGUGUCAUUCUAACGUCCCCUUGGAAACGGAACGGUCCAGCCAUUUUGCUAGCUAACUAAAUGUAUGUUACUAGUUCUGUUUUAAACUAGCUAACGUUGUGCUUUUACAUAUGCUUUUGAAUCCAACAUAGGCCUAGCUAGAUUAUAUUGAAUAAAUUGUUACAAAGUAACAGUGACAAGCGCGCAGGCUACACAGAUUUACCUACAAGAACACUGCAGCACAGAUGAGUAUUUUGACUUUUUGUAAUCAACCAAAGACCAUGCCAAUAGUGUAUUGCUGUGUAGAAAGAAGCAACAUCAUCCUUGCUGAUCUUGCUCUCAGAGGUGGAAGGUUUCAGGACGCAGCACUGAGUUUUCUGAGACCUCUUCCUUUUGGAGCUCUGUAUCGAAGGUCCAUACAAUUGGAUGGGUUCAGAUACCACAUCCUGUCAGAGGGUGGAGUGUCCUACGUCUGUGUCACAGAGCUCAGCUAUGAGUCCAGGAGGGCCCAUGAAUUCCUUAACCAGAUCUGCAGUUUCUUUGCUAACAGCCCCCUGAUAAAGAAAGCGGCCUUUGCCCAGCCGUAUGAAUUCAGCUCUGACCUGCAUCAGGUGCUUGGACAGCUGAUGGUAUGUCCUAAAGACACAUAG